AAAAAUAAAACUAUUUCUCUAUUAUUUAAAGGUGUUUUGCUAUGAUGGCUGUAAAAUAAAUAAUGUUUUGUUGGAUUUUUAAAAUGUAGUUCGAAAACGUGCUGAACCACUAAUUUCUCACAUAUUUGGACUAUAUUCUCCUAAGUUUCUUGUCAAAAUGGCUACGAACAUGAAAGAUUUGUGUAGAUUAUGUGCUAAGAAAGAUGGGUUUCUGAAAGACUUACUGGAUGAAAAUAAUAAAAAUAUUCUGAAACUAUUGCAAGAUUUUAUUCAAAUAGUCGUAUAUGAAAAUGAUGUUUUGCCAACAAAAAUCUGUAUGAAUUGUGAAGUCAAAAUGCAGUCCAUUGAAUUAUUUAUAAUGGAAUGCUUUAAAGCACAGGAUACAUUAAAAAAGAUGCAUGAAGGAAAUGUGGAUGACAUCAAACUUGAAUGUCCUCAGGCUCCAAUUGAAUUCAACAUCCAGAUAAAAUCUGAGGUCAAAGAUGAAGUAUCUGCUGAAGAUAUUGUAUGUGCAUUGAACAAUGAUGCAUCCCUAUCAAUGAUUGAUAUCUUCCCAGACAGACAAAGUGCUGAUGAUGAAGUAGACAUGCACAAUGAUGAUGAUGAUGAUUAUCUUGAUGAUAUUGCCAUUGCAUCAUUAAAACCAGUCAAACGUCAUCGCAAAAAAAGAAAAGAAAUGACAGAAAAAGAGACAGAAGAGUUCAAUAAUGUUCUUAAAAAGCCUUGUUUAAAAGUGAAGGAUUUUGUAAAAUUGCAGUGUGAAUUGUGUGGAGAGAAAUCAAAAACAUGGAGUGGGUUACGAAUACAUUUUCUAAAUGAGCAUAACCAUGAGCCAUAUGUGUACUGCCUCUGUGGCUUUGCAGUUAAAUCGAAAAGUGUGCUUUAUAAACAUGUAUCGGAUCAUAAAAUAGAAAGUAGGAAAUUAAGAAAGAAUUCAGAUGAAACUGAUGAUGAAGAAGGAAAAAAGAAUUUAAAAUAUGAUAGUUUGAAUGUGAAAGAUUUUAUAAGAUUUUUAUGUUCUCAUUGUGAACAGGAGUUUGCGAGCUGGUAUAGACUGAAAGAGCAUUCUGAAGUGGCACAUAAGGUGUCGCCUAUAGUGACUUGUAUCUGUGGCAUCACACUGAAAUCCAAGUCUGUUAUGUACAAGCAUGUACAAGACCAUAGAAAUCCCAAUUUACUCUCCUGUGAUAAGUGCCCCCGGGUAACAAAAACAUUAGCUGCCUUAAAUAAACAUAAGAUGCGACACAUACCUAAGUCAGAGAGGAAGUUCUGUUGUGCAUCAUGUGAAAAAAUAUUCUAUUCAAAGGAAGCGUUGAAAUCUCACGAAAGAUCUCACAUACCUAUAGAGGAGCGUAAAAUAUAUCGAUGUGAUAUAUGUAACAUGAAGUUUACGACACGUUCGUCGGCGGCGUCUCACAAGCGUGUGGUGCACGACAAGAUCAAAGGAUAUGUCUGCGACCUGUGCGGGUACGCGUGCGGGACCAACGGCGAGCUGCGUCAGCACCGCGCUAUUCACAGCGACGAUAAACCUUUCGUCUGCAGGAAAUGCUCUAAGUCUUUUAAGACUUAUUCGAACCUGAAGACGCAUUUGGAUACUCACGAAGACACGUCGUAUGAAUGCUACAUCUGUAGGCGAGUGCUGAAUAGUCGGCGUACUCUGCGCAAACAUCUCUUAGUACACGAAGACAAAUGUAGGCAUGUGUGCUCCUACUGCAACAAGGCGUUCAAGAGGAGACAGACUUUGAAGGUGCACAUGUACACACACACAGGCGACAAGCCAUUGUCAUGCAAAUGGUGCGACGAACGGUUCUCGUACGCAUCAACGUUGCGCUCGCAUCGCCUGCGUUGCCAUCCGGACAAGAUGGCACCACUGCCUACACACGAAACUUAUUCUGCUUAUGGCCAGCUCAGUAUGCAAGAGAACUAUAUCAAGGAUGUGCCGCCUGUGAAUGUACCGGUACCGAAGAAUGAAGUCGAGGCUAUGUAGUAAAAUAUUGACUAUUCGAAAGAGGACUGUUUGCAAUUUUAAACAUUUUGUAGAAAAUAUAGGUAUAAUAACUACUGUGUAAUUAUUAUUAGGCUUAGUGGAAUGAGUAUUUGUAUUACAACAUACAGCGUCGAAUGUUUUUGUUGGAUCAAAAUAUUAUUUUAUAGUGUCAAAUUAUUUAUAGUUGUUUCAACUAGCAAUUUGAAAUGCAUUAUAUUUUUACUCUAGACUUUUAGUGUUGUUAACCCAAGUAUUAAUCGUAUUUACUGAUUUCAAAGCAGUUUCUGAACGUCGCUAAGUACUUGUUUAUAUAUAUUUAGCCUCAAAUUAAACUGUUCAUUAGACAAAAUUACUAGUUUAUGAAGUACUUAGUAACAAGUAUGAUUAUCUUCGCACAUAGAGAACUUUUUGUUACCUAUAGUGUGGCGCGAGAAGAAUAUAUCUAAGUAAAUAAUUGCAAAUAAUAUUGUAUUGUUUAUCUAAUUUUUAAGCGAUUUCUUUGGAAAUACUGAUUUGAAAUAUAUAUGUUAAGUGCUGCUAAUAAAUGGGUAUAUGACCAUA